AUGCUAUUCCUGCAACUUGUGUUGUUUGUGGUUCUCCUCCCAGGUGGUUACAGUGAAGAAGACUUCCAGGAUACAUUCUCCUUCCAAAUCAUCCUGACCACAUCCUUUUACAAUGAUUCCUGGACACAAAAGCUAGGCUCAGCUUGGCUGGAUGAGCUACAGACUCAUGGCUGGGACAGUGACUCUGGCAAUUUCACAUGCCUGUGGCCUUGAUCCAAGGGCAACUUCAGCAACAAGGAGUUGAUGGAACAGGAAAGGUCAUUCCAUACAUUCUCCAUUAGAUUUCCUCUGAUAUUUCAGGACCAUUUCAGUGAAUGGCAGCUUGAAUAUCCCUUUCAGGUACAGGCAGCAAAAGGCUGUGAACUGCACUUUGGGGAACCAUCAGUAGGAUUCAUGUGGAUUACGUAUCAGGGAUCAGAUCUCAUGAUCUUCCAGAACAAGUCAUGGUGGCCAUCUCCAAAGGGAGGAAGAAGGGCUCAGCAGGUCUGCAGACUAUUCAAUCAGUAUCAUGUGAUCAAUGUAAGACUACAAGCGCACAUCAGUGACACCUGUCCCCAUUUCCUCUUGGGUCUUCUUGAUGCAGGGAAGACACAUCUGCAGCAACAAGUGAGGCCAGAGGCCUGGUUGUCCACUGGCCCCAGUCCCGGUUCUGUCCAUCUGCUGCUGGUGACCCACGUUUCUGGCUUCUACCCAAAGCCUGUGUGGGUGAUGUGGAUGUGGGGUGAACAAGAGCAACAGGGCACCCAGCGAGGCGACGUCCUGCCCCAUGCUGAUGGGACAUGGUAUCUUCAGAUAUCCUUGGAUGUAAAAGCCAGUGGGGCAGCUGGCCUGUCCUGCCAGGUGAGACACAGCAGUCUAGGAGGCCAGGACAUUGUCCUCUACUGGGAGCAGCACCAACCCAUGGGCUUGGUCUUCCUGGAAAUGAUAGUGCCCCUGGUGCUUCUGGCAGUUCUCACCUUGUGGCUCUGGAAACACUGGUAA